GUCCUGGUCCUAACCCAGGUCCUCACAGCGUGACACAGUGGCAACUGAGCGGGACAGACUACCAACCCCAGUCGGCCCUGAUGCAUCGCAGCUCGUUCACAGGGACAGCCGACACCCGCUUCAGUGCCUGGACCCCCAUCACAAACAAGACUUCCAACCACCAGUUGUUUGAGGAGCGGACGACCCUGGUGAUUCACUGGUUUGACCUUUGGACUGACCGCCAGAGAAAACUCUUCCUCCAGGCGCUGCUGUCACAAUGCACCAGGUCCCAGCUCAAGUCCUGCAGGGAUUGGCUGAUGCAGAUCGUGCCGGUGACGCGCGUGGACUUCACCUCCGUGUUGCCACGGUUCCUGUCUCUCUAUGUGAUGUCAUUCCUGACCCCUCGUGACCUCUGCUCUGCCGCACAGGUCAGCUGGCAUUGGAGGGUCCUGGCUGAACAGGACUGUCUGUGGUCGGUGAGGUGUGUGCGCCGGGGCUGGUUCCUGCCCUAUAAUCCAGGGGACAGAGAGUAUGGUGGGUGGAAGAGCCACUAUGUGUCCUGUGUGUCCACUCUGGACUGGCUGACACCCAGAGAGGCAGCACAAACGUACGGCACCCUCAACAUGCCCUGCUCUGGAGAGAGGGAGGAGGAGGAGGAGAGACGCAGGGAGAGGAGGAUCAGACAAACCAUCCGGGAGAGAGUGGAGGAGCAGAAGAGAGCUUCCCUGGCCUCCAGACCAGCCUGGAGGAGCAACAGCAACAGACCAGGGGGAAUAGUGGUCAGCCGUCCCCAGGGUGAGAGGCUGGUGCCUGGGAGAACGAGGAGCGUUCAGCCCUCUCCCUCCUGGUUGUCAGACAGGACGGGACGUGUCUGUUUAACCCCUGACGUCAGCCUUAACUUGACCCCCACUCUGACCCUGGAGAAGAGCCAGCUCUCCAGCCAUGUGAGGUCCCAGGCCAUGGGGGACAGUGUGAACAGAAGAGGUUGGCCCACUUCCACCAGUAGCAGACCCAGAGCCUCUUCCUCUCUCUCUCCUUCACCACCUCUUCUGCUGCUGCUGUCCAACAGGAUACCUGCCUACGAGUUGGUUCUGUGUGGUGUGAGAGUAGGAGUGGUGGUGGUUCUAUACGACCACAGAGGGACCCUCCAGGCUCUGUUAUCCCAGGCAGAGAGGGCUCUGGGUGGGCAGCGAGCUCAGAGACUUGGGGUGCUGGCUCCUGGAGGUACGGAGGAGAUCACUCUGCUGCAAGGCUACGAGGUGACAGAGAGGAGUGUGCUGACCCCGGACUACAGGGAAUUCUGGGAGAAGCUGUGUGGCUGGGUCGUUCUACCUGAGGAGGGAGGAGGGUUGGACAUCUUCUGUCCCCUCGCAGCGUCUGGUGUGUAGAUCGAGAGAAUGGUUUAUUUUCAAAUUCAGAAAUGGCGACAUUACAUGGUCUCUCCCCCCUCUCUCCCCCCUCUCUCAGCCAGAGGAGUGCUGCUGGUCCAGUCUCUGUCUACUCUGACAGGGCUAGAGGUCUCAGCUCCUACUGGGAUGGCCACCGGAUGCUUCCAGAACAUCCUGAGUGAGUGGUCAUAUAGCAGUGGUGACUGGACCGGGGUUAGCGGUGUGUGUGCGUCCCCCCCCGCCCAGCGCUACGUGUGUGAGGGUGUGUUACAGGGAUGGAGCUGGCAGACCCAGUGGCUGGAGGAGGCUCUAGGAGCCCUGAGGGACCAUCUGGGGCCACAACUACCACGACUGAGUCUGGCCACCAGGGGACGAGUACUGGGUCAGUUUCUAUGGGAGGCGUUAGCUCUAGAUCAUCUGAGUGUCUCUAAGGAGGUGACUGUAGCUCUGACUGAGGGUCUCACAGCACUGCCAGCAGAGGAGACCAGACCUCUGGAGUUCCUCUCUCUCUUCCUGAGACGAUGGGGGGAGAAAAGGAAAGAUAUAAAUGGAGGAGAGAAGAGAGGAGUGGAUGAAGGAGAGGAAAGAAGAGGAGAGGAGACAGAAGGAGGAGAGAGGAGCUCUGUGUUUCUGACAGGACUCCUCAGUCCUAUCCCAGAGAUACAACAGGAGUGGCGUGGUGUAGUGGUGAGGGAGCUGUAUAUCAGUGAGUGUGUUUAUGUGAGGAGGCUGGAGACGGUGGUGAAGGUCUACCACGAUCCCCUGCUGUCAGCUCUUCAGUCUAACAGAGCCAUCCUCAGCUCCGCCCAUAUCAACAUGGUCCUCACACCUGUAGCACACAUACUGGACAUUAACAGGUUGUUUCUAUCAGAACUGGGGUCUAGAUUGCAGCAGUGGGAGGCUGAUCAGUGUGUAGCUGAUGUGUGUGUGAAAUUCUGCUCCAAACUCAGAGUGUACACCAACUACCUCAACAACUACCCUACUGCCCUACUCACCAUAGACAAGGGAAGUACAAUCUAUCUCUCUCUCUCUUGCAGAGAGAUGAACCCUGCUUUCCGAGCUUUCCUAAAGAGACAAGACAGAACCCUGGAGACACACAUGCUGAGUCUGCAGGAGCUGUUGCUGUGUCCAGUGUGGCGUAUGGAGGAGUAUGUAACUCUGCUGCAGGCGCUGUCUCUACACACAGUCUCUCAACACUCCGAUCACACACAGCUGUCUGGCGUAUUGGACAAACUCACCCACUACAGGGACUUCAUACGCAAGCUGAAGAGGAACUCAGAGAAAGCCACAAGGAUGCAGGAGACCCAGCAACAGAUCCGGGGCUGUCCAAACUUGUGUGAGGGGGGCAGACAGCUAAUCACCACUCAGGAUGCGGCUCUGCUUAAAUGCCCCAGUGAUGACAUCACAGCCUCACUCAGGAUGUAUGAACACGUUUCUGACGUGGGUCUGUUCUUGUUCAACGACGCAAUGGUUCUGACCGAGAGGAAUGUUUGUCACCGACCCUUCACACACACACACUGCGACACACACACCUUCCUGGCCUCUGUCGCCCUGCACAGCCUCACCCUCAGAGAGAUCACAGACACGCGCUAUGUGUGUCAUGGGUUUGUCCUGGAGGGUCCUAGUCGUGUGUGGGUUUGUGCUAUAGAGAGAGAGGAGGACAAGGAGAGGUUCCUUUGCACCCUGCGUUCAGCCAUACACACUGCCAUCACAGAAAGUUAGGGUAGAGAACCCUCACCAUAGACUCUCACUCACACACACACACACACACACACACACACACACACACACACACACACACACACACACACACACACACACACACACACACACACACACACACACACACACACACCAGUUUAGCCAGAUCACACCUGAAAAAGAGGGUUUUGACCUCAUUGGGACUUCCUGGUUUGAUACAACCCGUCAUUCUUCAAUCAACCACAAGGUGGCAGGAAAGAGGAUUUCUGCAACCAAAUAGUAUGAGUCCCAAUAAUGGCCAAGCUCCAAGGUUAAAUUUGACUGUAUCGUAAAAAUGUAUAAAACAUGUUCUUGAUUUAAGGUUAGGCAUAAGAUUAGCAGUGUGUUUAGGUUUAUGGUUAAAAUCACAUUUUAAGAACAUAUUGUAGAACUACACAGGGUUUCUGACUAGACAGAGUUCUAAAAUAUAGGGAUGACCUGAGAGUGACUUCACCAGAUAGUGUCUUCCUGAGAGUGACUUGGCCAGAUAGUGACUUCCUGAGAGUAACUUGACCAGAUAGUGACUUCCUGAGAGUGACUUGGCCAGAUAGUGACUUCCUGAGAGUAACUUGACCAAAUAGUGAUGACCUGAGAGUGACUUGGCCAGAUAGUGACUUCCUGAGAGUAACUUGGCCAGAUAGUGAUUUCCUGAGAGUAACUUGGCCAGAUAGGGACGACCUGAGAGUACUACCUUGGCCAGAUAGUGACGACCUGAGAGUAACUUGGCCAGAUAGUGACUACCUGAGAGUAACUCGGCCAGAUAGUGACGAUCUGAGAGUACUCCCAUGGCCAGAUAGUGACUUACUGAGAGUAACUUGGCCAGAUAGUGACGAUCUGAGAGUAACUUGGCCAGAUAGUGACGAUGUGAGAGUAACUUGGCCAGAUAGUGACGAUCUGAGAGUAACUAGGCCAGAUAGUGACGAUCUGAGAGUAACUAG